CGGUGCUAGAAGAGAAAUUGGAGAGGGCUGAAGCCCCGCCUUCUGAACCCGCUUCGCCAGAAGUGGCUCCUCCCCCACCCCCACCACCCCCACCUCCUCUGCCACUGCCAGCAUCUUCCGCCCCCAUGGAUCCUCUUUUGGUGAUCAAGCAAAGGAAGGGAAUGCGGCAACAGAAACCCAGCGAACCUGCUACCGAUGACGUAAAAGCUCGAGCAGUGGAGGAAAUGAUGGCCAGGAUCAAGAGCGGGGUUGCCCUGAGACCAGCAAAGAAGGAUGGGGCUGCAUUGUCUCAGGAUCGCGCAACAGCAGCCAGCAAACGCAAGAGCACUGUGAUGGAGCUGCAAGGGAUCCUGGGCACAAUGAAAAGGCCGGUCAGAAAACAGAGCUGGAGUGAACACAGCCAGAAGAUCAACGCCAACCAGCUGCAGUCCAUCCUGCAGAGACGGCGCAGGAUGGUGGACUCCUCCACUCCCGCCCAGCCCUCGCCACUGCGGGACGAGCUCAGAAAAGAGGUGCAGAAUCAAGGUGACAGUGGAAUUUGCAAAGCUAUGUCCAGCCCAUGCACCAAGGAGACUGUAGCUGUCGUCCAGUUAAGAGCAAGAUCGGUGCACCUUCAGAAAAGCAGGCAACUGGCUCUCCUGAAUGAAGCAGAGGACAAGCUGGCAUAGAGAGAGACUACCUGAAAACCAGCCAUCCUGUUGCACCACAAGACAUUGCAUGGCUGCCUGGUCUCACACCCUGCCGAUGCUCCUUGCAGUACCUGCCCCACCUGUGUAUCUUUCAGGCACGCAAACAUUCAGAUCCUGAGCACAGCCUGAGGAUGCGGUUCUCCAGUCGAGCUUGUUAGCGCGAAGUGCAGCCAGAUGCACAGCUUGCUCGCUUACGCAUACUAGCUUGCUCUGCUUGCCUCGGUGGUAGCUGGGAGGUGCGGUCAGGAACCUUAACACUGACAACCUUCAUAUUGUGGUCCUAGAGUGGAUUUGUCAUUGGCCAGUGGAACGUGGUUUUGUUGACAGUGGUUUGUAAAGAUCAUCCAUCCCUCCUCUUUCAAAGGCCAGACAUAAUUUCACACUCUUCCUGAGGACUGCUGGGCUGCACAUAAAGAAGGCUGCAGCUUUCGAGCCCAUUCUUUUCUAACCGAGCUGCUCUGACAAGAAUAGACCAGCAGAACCCAGUCAGCUGCUGAGCUGAGCAUCAUGGGGGAUCUGAGUGUCCUUCUAAGAAGCCCCACAUUUGACAUUUGAGUUCUGUACCUUUUAACUAGACAACCUGUUAGAGGAAGGGGCUAAAGAGACAGAAAUUGAAUUUGGAUGGACUAAGCUCAGAUCUCUCGGCAGUUCACACGUUGUGGGGCUUGUCAAGCUGCCUAGGGUGGCUCACGAGCCUGAGUAACCACCUCAGGGCAGACUGUGAAGAAGCAGGGCACAAACCCCAAGCUGGCUGUGAGUUCUGUGUCCACAUUUCACCAACCAAGUAUCACGUCUGAACUCCUCAAGGACUGUGACAGCCUUAACAUGGAGUCGCAGACAGUACCCUUGGGCACUCGGGUCUGUCUUGCCACCCAGACAAGCCUGCCUUUGUGAUAGAAGGUCCCUUACACCAAAAAUCACAAUGGUAUUCAAAUUACUCCCAGUCCAAAAGGACCAGUCACUUACAG